UGCUAGCUUGAUUACUUCAAAAGUGGCAUACGACGUAUUCAGUACAUUAGAUCAUUUAGCUCGUGUUAUAAUUACAUGUAAUAUAGCAGCGGAUGUUUAGCAAAGAGGAUGGAAACUUAAUCAAUAAUUCCUAGGUUAUGAAAUGGCAUUGAGGACAUUGGAUUUAGCUCUAUCAAGAGCUUAUUUAUCUAGUGUGAAAUUUCUCUGCGAGGAUACAGUUAUAAAGUAGGUUUCACGCGGCUCACUUCUAUGACGAAGUAGAACGUUUGACAUGUUAUUUAAAGACAUAGCACUGUGUUAAUAUGCCGCUUGGCGCCGUACCUUUUCCGUUUGGAAUAUGCCGUAUUUGUAGGGAUAAAGCCACGGGUUUGCAUUAUGGAGUAGCUACCUGUGAAGGGUGUAAGGGAUUUUUUAAAAGAAGCAUCUCCAAGCAUGAGACUUUCAAAUGUUACUUUGGUGGGUCAUGUGACAUAAACCCCAAAACUCGCAGCCAGUGUAAAGCAUGUCGUUUCAAAAGAUGCAUGGAAACGGGAAUGUCAAUAGAUGGUGUACGAAUGGGGCGGAUUCCAAAAGUCGAGAAAGAUAAAGUUUUAGAAGCUUUUCAUGAUGGUGGGUCACACUAUAGUAACCACGAGCUUGUUGUUGAGCAGACGGAUGGUGGCAACUAUAGGUUUGACCUCAAUAAAACAGUAACAGCAAGUAAAACAACAAAUACAUCAUCAAAUGAAUCACCCUCAUGUUCUUUGACACCAGUUACAUCAGUUUCAAAAGGGAAUGACGUAGGUUAUGGCCUACAAUCUUGCGGUGAUGCCAUUAUUAAUGGAAGUAACGUAACCCCUGCAUCUCUUAUUGACAAUACUGACGAAUUUGGUUGUAUUAUAGAAGAUAUACAAAAACAACCUGUUAAAAAUUUAUCUUCUCAAGCUAUAAACAAAGACGCCGUAUUUGAUAAUGUUAAAAGCAUACCUCUAGAAGACUCGGUAGACACACCAGUAAUGUUUAAGGCGGAAGGGGAUAACACUUUCGGUCACCAUUUUCCAGGGAACCAAACGUCAAUUGGUACCCUUAUUGACAACGUGCCGAGUGAAAGAUGUGAAAAUCCUUUCAAUGAUAAAUACCAUAAUGUUAGUUUUGGCAAAAACAAUCAACACCAACAUAGAAACUCGAAUGUUUCUCAGCAGAUGUUAAAUGAUCAGAGAUUUGUACAAAAUAUGAAUGAAUCAUUCAAUAACUUUUCAUUCUCAGAAAGUGCGAUGAAUCCUUUAAAAAGUAAGGCGACUGGAUAUAGCAAAGUAUAUAGUAACGCUGAUAAUCCAAUUGAUCAAUCAGAUGGUUUGAACUUGAUUGGUCAAAGGCAAGGAGAUGAUAUUAGAUCCUUUCAGAAUGACAUAACCAAUCAAAUGGAAGACAACAUAGAAAGAGUAUCCAACAAACGUGAAGGAAACUUUAGAGCAUGUACAUCUUCAGCUGUACAAAAUCUCAGUCAAUCGUUUUUAGGUAGCCCAAAACUAAAAGAAGAAUCUGAAGAAGAGUGUUUAAGAAGAAGGAAAAGUUUUAGCCCAACCUUGAUUAAUGUUUUACUAGAACAAGUUCUUGAUUCUCAAGAAUCCAUUCAUGUUAUCACUGAAAGAAUCCACCAAAAGCAUCAGCAAGGAAAUUUAAGUCCUCUCGUUGCCCAAAAUCUUUCUCAACGCCUCUCAGAAUUGUCAGCAUCAAAAAAGCGACGUAAAUUGUCGGACGAAUCUAUGAACAGCCCUUGUCCAGAAAACAGGAGCAGAAAACUUGAAUGUUUAGAUCAUGUCAAAACGAAUACUAUAAACGAAUUACACCCGCCGCCCGUUUUAUCUUUAGGACAUCAGGACUAUUUUGAAAACGCUGCAAACAAUAAGGAGUCAAAUCAUCAAAACGAGCGUAUUUAUCGUAAUCAUCAGGCUGACCAUUCACACGUCCACUGUCAUCACGUGCAUUCCGACUCUUGUGGGAUGUGUAGCUUCAAUGUGGCAACUAAUGUUCGGAAGUAUGAGGAUAUAACUGGAGCUCCUAUAAGUACCGGGACUGUAUCUAGUACAUCAUUAUCUAUGGAAGAGGAAAACAAACAACAGCAGGUUAGAAAUACAUUGGACGGUAUAAACAUAGCUAUGAGAAUUCUGAACAGACUGAAAGCGGAACACAGGGAGAAAAUUCGCCAGUUUAAACUCGGAAAGAUUUACAUUCGAGUGAUGACAGACAGUGAAGAAGACAUCAAAGAAACGUACUCGAAGCUUAUCAGUGGAAUUCCAAGCAUUAAUGAGCGGAUACUCGGGUUCUGUAACAAUGUCCCUGGAAUUCACGACAUUACAAAGGAAGACCAAGAUGUUCUAAUGAAAAGGGCUUAUUAUGACAUAUGGAUGCUAUGUUCCGCCGAGUAUUUUGAAGAUGACGUGAGUUACCUUAUAAUGGAGUCGGGAGAAAUUUACUCAAGAAGAGCCAUGAGGAAGAUUCUAAAUGACAACAUGGUGAACAAACUAUUUGAGUUUGCAAACCAAUUUAACAGUCUGAAACUGACAGAUUUGGAAAUAGCCAUUUUAUGUGCGACCCGUUUAACAGCGACAGAUGAGCUGGAACUUUCUGACCGUGCCACGGUCGCCGCUCUACACUCACACCUUUUGGAUGUGCUAGCAGAGGAAGUUAAACAGAACCACGAGGUUGCCCACGCUCGAAAGUUAAUUGACAUAUUCAGUUUGCUGCCGCUCCUUGAAACAGUUAACAGAAUACAACGAGAAAUCAUCGCAAAGUACUCUGUCUAGGUCAAAGUGGCUGCUGCAAUGGGUAGUUUCAAAAUGGACAUGCGCAUUACAUUGGCCUUUCAUCUUUUAUUGGUGCCUGCAUUAACAUCUCUAUAUUUUAUACAUGUAUAUUAAAAAAUUAAACAAAACUUUUACGGUAAAUGUUAUAAAUAUUUAAAUAUUAUAUUUAUAUAUGUCUACCUAUGAAACAUUUAAGAAAUUCUAGGUUUCAAUCAUAAUAGUUGUUAUAUUUAUCUCAAUUUGUUUGACUCAAACUAGGUUUGUUCUUCAAAACUUAACUGCAUUUCUUCUUCUUGAUAAAGAAUGUAAAGGGGUGGUAUAUUUUUUAAAACGUUAUCUGAACAGCGUUUUAGGCUGUGUUAUUACCCGUGGAAGGAUGUUUUUAGUUUAACCUUCCCGGAAUAUAUUUUUGUAUCACACUAUAUUUAAACUGUGCCAUAAGUUAUAUGAAUUUUAUCUAAUUAAGUGUUCAUUUUUAAUAUAUUUUAUUGUUUAUGAUAUUUAUACUCAUUGUUCUGGUUUAUACGAAAUAUUUGUACACAUUAUUUGUGUAAUAUAAAUCCGUGUCUAACCCGAUUUCCUGAACAAGUUACCAUAUAUAGUAAGUAGCUUUACCGAGAGUGUUGGUGCACCACACUAAAUAUCGUAACCCGGUAUAUACCGGAGAAAGCGUUUUAAUGAUUAAACUUUUUACUGAAGGAAAUCAACUUUAAAACGUUUAAUUUGUCUCUUUCAUACCGAUUUAUAUACGAUAAUAAAUGAAAAAUGUAAGAUUCGGUAUUUUUGUACAUUUCAACAAGCGUCUAGAGGUACCGCUUUAACACUGUAGUGAUUUAAAUCCCUCCGACACUGUAGUGAGUUUAAUCCUAGUCAAAAAUGCCAAAUACGAUCAGUUGUCACAAAAAUUUACGUCUCGUUCGAGAAAGUAUCAUUUUAUAUAUAGUAUAUGUAUUUUGUAAGGUUAUGCAUCUAUUUGUAUUUGUAGGAAUGUUAAUAAACAAAUAUGCUUCUUUUUGCUGGAGUACGCAUUUUAAGUAAAUUGGCCAAUAAUUCAAUGUCAGUUAAGGAGUUCUAAGUAAAUGUUUAUGAUGAGUGUUUUAUUUUGUUUUUAUUUAUCAUAUAAAUUUUCAUUCUUACUCACUUAGAAGUCUUACCAACAUUUACAUGAUAUUUUUUUUAAAGAAGUAUUUCAUAAGAAUAAAUAAAAUGAAAUAUUUGAUAUAUUUUAUACACGAUGUUGAUAUAGGAGUAAAGGAUAUUCAAGUUUUAUCCAUUAAUACAGGAUUUAUUUUCAUCGAGUGGUAUGAAGAUAAAUAUUUCAUGAGAGGCGGUAGCCACGAAUGAAAUUUGAUAAUUUUCAAACCACAAGAUGAAAAUGAAUUCUUUAUUUAUAGAAAACAACUUGAAUUUUCUGUUUAUUAUAUACAUUUUCCAUUUUUUUUCAACAAUUUGAAAGACUUUCCCUUAUAUUUUGAGUACUGGCAAAAUUUAGGAAAAAGAAGUCCGGCAAAACACUAAUGUGAAAAUAUGGAAAAUAUGUUUCACUGCACUAAAAAAAAAUUACAGUGAAAAUACGGAAAAAGAAAAAACGCAUUUUAUUUCAUCAACAUUUCUCAAUAUUUCAUUUAUAGGUAUAAAAUAUAUAAAAUGAUAUAUAUUUUUAUUGU